CUAGUAUACCCGAAGUUUACUACACGGUGUGCGUUGCCGAGGAUUUCAUUGUGCCGAGAGGAGUAUUUGCUGUGUUUGGGACGUCCGAUGGAGUCUAGGAGUUAUUCGAUGACGGAGACUACUUUAAGUACGAAGAUGACGUAUUCUCCGACGCAGCGCGCCAAGAUGAAAAAGCGCGGGAACACGUGCAACAACAACCAGCUGAGCGAGGAGCCGCAGGUCAGAGUGGCGGUGGUGGGCGAGUCGUCUGUCGGCAAGUCAGCUCUGUCGGUUCGCUUCCUGGCCAGAAGAUUUCUACCGGAGUAUGCGCCUGCACAAGAGCUGUUGUACGAGCGGCAGGUGGCGGUUGACGGACACCUCAUCCCAUUGGUCGUGCACGAUACUGCGUCACAGGUGUCCAGCCCGAGCAGCAUCUUCCAGGCUGACGGAGUGCUGGUUCUGUACUCCAUCACCAACAAAAGGAGCUUCGACACAGCAAAGAGUUACCUGGAGAUCAUCGCCACCGAGCCUGGCUUCGAGAACCUUCCCACAGUUCUGGUCGGCCACAAGAGUGACCUGCAGCACCUGAGACAGGUGGCGUACACGCAUGCGCAGCAGCUGGCCUGGGACGUCGGGUGCUCGUUCUACGAGGUGUCGUCCGAGAGCGGGACGGAGUCAGUGGAUCACGUCUUCCACACACUUAUCAGACAGGUCCUGGCGUCAAGGCAAAGAAGAAAGCUCAGCAGCACCAAGGACAGGCGACAGAGAAGUAACAGCAUCACAUCCACCCUCUGGAGAAAAACGCGCGCCGCCAUCUUGGAAAAACUGCGAAGGUCAACUCUGUAGGUCACGUUCUGGGCUCAUUCAGCUUCCGGGGCGCCGACUGUACAGAAGAAGGGGCCUGGGAACAAGCAUGUACAGGACUUGUAACAUAAUGAGGAUAGAUGCGACUUUAUAUAUGAUAUAAAAUUGAAGGUUUCUUUUAAUUUGGAUUGAUAAAUGAAAAUAUUGUCGUCAGAGAUGCGACAUUGAAUGCGGCGUGCCACAACGCAUCCUAACCUAAAGUUCAUUCCAGGUCAUGAAGUUUCAAUGUUUAUACUCAAUGAACAAAAACUGAUAGACCUAUUAAAAAGUCGGUGGUAUAUAUGUAUGUAUGAAAACAGAGAGGAGGCAAAAGAAAGACAUUAGACUGUAUGUACGAAAGUUCAGAAUGUUUGUGUAUAUGUUCGUGGAUGCAGCAGUAUUGAAGAAGGCAUUACUGUGAAAUCUUGAAUGUUGCCAUUGUAAAGGAAAGUGCACGAUUUGACUUGCUUGAGCUUCAGUUUCAUGUCGCACUGCGGUUACUUCCAAAAAUUCUUAUAUGAAAUCUUAUAACGUUACGACUCUAUAGGAAAGAAACUUUCGUUAUAAAUAUGAAGAACUGUAAAGCAUGUACAGCUAUAUCGAAACGGAAGGUAGAAACUAGCCUUCGAUUCGUUGUAAGAUUUACCAAACGUUUGUAAAUUUUUGUCUAUAUCAAUUUCAUAUACGUAUUCGAUGAUCGAAGGUUGAUUUGUUGGUUCCGUGUAAUUUGUAAAGAAAGCAUUUGUUUUUAAUGUAAAUAUCUAAACUUUUAGUAAAAUUACAUUCGAUUUAUGCCUUGUAUAAACGUGUAUAUGCGCGAUACUAAUUUUUCGACGCGAGUAGUGCAAUGGUAAAGUCAUAUUCUAUGCGACUGGUUCUUGUUAAUACGAAUAAUGGCGUCAAUUAAGGCGCUUAGAUGCGAGAAAAAGUACCCAAAACUGUGCAAUGUUGUUACCUAUUGAUUAAUGAAGUACAUAGUACAUAUUUAACUGUGUAACAGAAUCCUAACCGCAUAUGUCGCAUUGUGAGUCGCUAAUGAGUGUAAUACGUGCGAGUGGGAGAGGCAAAAAAUAAAGUUUAUUUUUACAUGGUUCAAA